CUAAGCUCGAAAGCACGCUCUGACCAAAAAUAAAAACGAGUGAUCGAAAAAUCAAAAUUUUAGAAAAAACCAAACUAAAAUUCUCGUGACCCUUCCUUGGUAGUUGGUACUUGGUUUGGCACGCCUGAGCCUGAGAUGGGAUGAGUCUCACGCCAACUUGUCAAAAGAACCCUUCUUAGCCCUUCUUCGGUCACCGUCCCGUGUUAGUUGAAAGUGAUUUUUUUUUUAAUUAUUCAUAUAGAUUAAAAUUAAACACAAAAUAUUUCCUUCAAGAAAAAAAAUUAGCCAGAGAGAGAGCGAGAGAGAGAGAGAAAGGGUCGCUUUAAGGCACAGAAGCUUUAAAUGCGAGUUGGUUGAUUGUAGCUUCCUUUCAAUCUUCUCCUAAUGCUUAUGGACUAAGCAUUUGCCCAAGAGCGCGUUUUUUAUUCUCAAUAUCCUUCUUCUUGUUAUUAUUAUUAUUGUUAUUGUUCUUUGUUGUUAACAUAUAUUAAUAACUCUUUCUUAAACCCAAAUCUUGUGACAUCACAAACCGUACCCUUUUUGUUUAUUUCCUUUGUGGGUUUUCAAUUCGUGCAAAUUUCUGCGACACCCAGAUGGAUUUUGCGCUGAAUCCGUGUCCUUUGCGAUCUUCUACGUUCGUGAAUUUCGUCGAGAGGGUUAAACAGCUUGGUACCCUCGCCUUUUCUGCAGUCAUUGGGAACAUCUUCUCCGCGAUCUUGACCUUCUGCUUCGCAUUAGUUGGCACUUUGUUGGGGGCUUUGACUGGAGCUUUGAUAGGACAAGAAACUGAGAGUGGCUUCAUUCGAGGGGCUGCUGUUGGUGCCAUAUCAGGAGCUGUUUUUUCCAUUGAAGUGUUUGAAUCCUCUCUUGUUCUCUGGCAAUCUGAUGAAUCUGGGAUUGGCUGUGUCUUAUACUUGAUUGAUGUUAUUGCCAGCUUACUGAGUGGGAGACUUGUGCGUGAGAGGAUUGGUCCGGCCAUGUUGAGUGCUGUUCAAAGUCAGAUGGGUGCUGUUGAAGCCAGCUUUGAUGAGGUUCAAAACAUCUUCGACACCGGGGGUUCCAAAGGUUUGUCUGGAGAUUUGGUUGAAAAAAUCCCCAAAAUAAAAAUUACAACAGACAACAAUUUUGAUGCAUCCGGUGAUAGAGUCUCUUGUUCAGUUUGCCUGCAGGACUUUAUGCUUGGAGAGACAGUAAGAAGCUUACCUCAUUGCCAUCACAUGUUUCACCUACCUUGCAUAGAUAAGUGGCUCUUCAGACAUGGUUCUUGCCCAUUAUGCAGAAGGGAUCUGUAAUUUUGUAUAUGCUUAGUACAGACCGCUAAUAAUGUCCCUAUUUUAUUUUUGUUUUUGUUUAUAAGCUUAUUUAAUUCUAGGACUUACAUCUAGUGGGAGCCAUUGCAGUUUGAGUGGUAUCAUUGUACUAAAUUAGUGUAAAGAAAAUUUUGAGAUGAAACAGCUUCCACUUGUAUAUGGAGGAGAGUGAUUGACCCAUUUUCUAGCCCGUCUCCACUCUUUUUCUGCUCUUUUUUUUUUUUUUUUGAAUAAAGAACAAGAGACGGUGAUAUAA